AUGGAAUUCUCAACUUUGGAUCUCAGUUGGUUGCCACCGGACGCUGACGAACAACUCGCCCUUGGAUUUAGAGUGGUUUCCAAUGCCUAUAAAACGAGAGUUUCAGGAUUGGAGUCUGAAAUUAGGUCGUUGAAAUCUGGACUUUCAGAGAAGUCAGAUCAUUUGAAUAGUUUACAAAGUAAAUAUAACAGUUUGGAGGAGCAAUUGGUACAAUUGAAUCAGAGAGGGAACCAACUUUUCGAGGAAAACAAAAACCUUUUGAACACAGUAAAAAAGCUGCAAAAAGAUUUGGAUCGCCUAGAGAAUCUAAAGAAAGUUGUUUUGUCUUCCUUUCAGGAUGAAAUGAAAGAAGUAGAUGGUGGAGUUAAUCGUUAUUUCACUGAUGAUGUUCCAAAUACCUUUUCACAAAAGCCUUCGACAGAUUCAAAUAGAAAUGAAGGCCCCGAUGCUUUUUUAAAAGGGCUUAAUUUAACAAGUGUUUCAAGACCUCUACAAGGAAAUCCUCCUUCUGCGAGUUAUAGAAACACCGUUGACGGUAGACAAUUUUUUAAAAAUGCUAAAAAUUUAUUAAGUCCCGAGGAUUUUUCAAGCUUCCUUUCAACUAUCAAGAAAUUUAAUGCUCAAAUGAUGACUCGCGAUGAAACUCUUGCUCAUGCUAUGCGGGUCUUUGGAGAACACUCCAAAGCCUUCGAAGAGUUCAAACAGCUGCUCAAUCCAAAAAAUUAG